ACACUUGUCUCUCCUGGAACGAGACUCAACUGAUAACAAUAAACCAUACUCUCUUGCGAUCCUCUCAAGACGCUAUAUUUGAGCGCCCUGCACUCAUGUCCCAAUCAGUCAAUUGUUGAUAAUUGAACUGAACGGAUGCACGAGCCGUAAACGAUCAUGCAAUUGUCCGCACUGGUACUGACUUUCCUCACCGGAACGAUUUCGUCUACGCAUGGCGAAGCUACCUUCAGUUCGCACAUCUUCAAGUACGUGAAGACUAAAACUUCUCCGGAGGUUCAGCAAACGGCCACCGCAGAACUGAUCAGUCGGAUCGUCCCAGAACGUGCGAGCCAGUUCAAGGUCACGGUCGAUAGUGCGCUGAAACCGAACUCGUUCAAGAUAACAAAAACUUCGGACUCCAGCGUUGUUGUCAUUGUUGGAUCUAGUGGUGUAGCAGCGUCUAAAGGGUUCUACCACUACCUAAAGUACUACUGCGGCUGUCACGUUUCAUGGGAUGGCGAUCAACUUGAUCUUCCAGACGAUCUACCCAACGUAAAUGUUACUGUGGAAGCUCCGAGCAGCAUCGUAUACUACCAGAACGUGUGCACUUGGUCGUACUCGUUCAGCUGGUGGACCUGGAUGGAAUGGCGACGCCACAUCGACUGGAUGGCUCUGCAAGGGAUCACACUGAGUUUGGCCCCAUUUCAGGAAGAUUUGUGGACGGAAGUGUUCAGCGAGUACAACCUAACACAGCAUGACAUUGAUGAACACCUGUCUGGACCCGGGUUCUUCGCGUGGCAACGUAUGGGCAACAUCCGCGGUUGGGGUGGUCCUCUAACGGAAAGCUUCAAAACGUUUGCGUCCGAUCUACAGACCAAGGUGGUGCAGGAGAUGCGACGAUUCGGAAUGAUCUUAGCAUUGCCAGCAUUUGCCGGACAUCUCCCAGUUCAGUUCAAAGCGAUGUUCCCGCAAGCGAAACUCAAUCCGGUGGAAGUGUGGAACGGAUUCCCUGCCCAGUACGCCAGUCCACUGUUCCUGGACCCCGUCGAUCCACUGUUUCAAAAGAUCGGAUCAAAGUUUGUCGCCAAAGCGAUCGCACGCUACGGAACCGACCACAUCUACUUCAGCGACCCGUUCAACGAGAUUCAGCCGCGAUCGGAGAGUGCUCGUUACUUGGCAAGUGCAGCGGCCGGGAUCUACCAGGCCAUGGUGGACGUUGAUCCGUUGGCGGUUUGGCUACUUCAGGGGUGGAUGCUCGUGAAGAAUCCCUUCUGGAGCGAUCGAGCGAUCAAGGCUUUCUUUACAGCGGUACCAAACGGGAGGAUGUUGGUACUGGACUUGCAGUCGGAACAAUUUCCGCAGUACGUGCGGACUCAGUCGUACUACGGUCAACCGUUCAUUUGGUGCAUGCUCAGUAACUUUGGUGGAACGUUGGGAAUGCUGGGAUCGGUAGAUUUAGUGUUCGAGAGGAUCCGAGAGACAAGAUCGAACGAAAGCAUGACCAUGAUCGGGACCGGGAUCACCCCUGAGGGUAUUCAACAGAACUACGGAUUGUAUGAGUUUGCUCUGGAGAUGGGAUGGAAUCCGGACAUCAGUGACGUUGAUGGUUGGUUUAAGAGGUAUGCACUGGUGAGGUAUGGGAAUGAUGACAAACGACUGCAGGAUGCUUGGAGUAUCUUUCGAUCAACGGUGUACUCUUUCAAAGGCGUGGAAAUGAUGCGUGGGAAGUACACGUUCAAUAGGAGGCCAAGCUUAAAGUUGCAACCUUGGGUUUGGUACAACGAGACUCGCUUCAAUGAAGGCGUAGAGCUGCUACUCGCAGUCAACGGAAUGAACGAGCUCUUCAAACACGAUGUUAUUGAUCUAACCCGCCAGUUCCUUCAAAAUACCGCUGACAAACUCUACCUCACCAUCAUGGAUACCUACACCCUGAAGAACGCCGCAGCCCUCAGGCACUACUCCAACCUGUUCAAAGAGCUACUCCAAAACAUCGACCGGCUCUUAGCGACAAACAAUCAUUUCCUACUAGGCCGCUGGCUAGAAUCCGCCAAAUCCCUCGCAACAACCAGCCUAGAACGUCAAAAGUACGAGUACAACGCCCGUAACCAAAUAACCCUCUGGGGACCUCAGGGUCAAAUCGUGGACUACGCCAACAAGCAGUGGUCCGGAGUAGUCAAAGACUUCUUCCUGCCUCGGUGGAGUUUGUUCCUGCAGGAGAUGGAACUUGCGCUGGCCACCAACGGGACGAUCAACGAAACCAAAGUAAGGGACAAAAUAUUCCGCAAGGUCGAGCUACCGUUCAAUACGGACCGUAAAAAGUAUCCCGUUGAGGCGAGCGGUGAGGAUGCGCUGGAGUUGGCUCGGGAGUUGUACCAGAUUUGGAGCGAACGUAGCCGCGAGAUGAAGAAGCUGCCGAGGGAGGUUUUGAAGACUAGGAAGAAGGGGCGGAAGGCAUUCGUUUAG